CUUUGACCUUAUUCGAUAUCGAUAUAGAGACUGCGUGCCUAAUCUCUGUUAUGGUUUGAGCAGUUUUGUUAUCAGAAUCAAAACGUUUUGUGAAACUGAUAUGGCAAAAGAUGAAGUGGAAGAUCUUCUACCUGAUAAAGAUGCCGCAAAAGAAUUUUAUGCAAAAUAUGAACCCAAGGAGAUUCUUGGUAGAGGUGUCAGCUCGACCGUCAGAAGAUGUAUAGAAAAGGAAACAGGUGUGGAAUUUGCGGCCAAAAUAAUUGACAUAAGCUCUGACAGCGAUAACAAACUCUCAACCAUGGAAGAAGUGAGAAUUUUGAGGAUAGUUGCUGGACAUUCUUAUAUAAUUCAGUUACAUGAUGUUUUCGAAUCAAGUACAUUCAUAUUUCUUGUUUUUGAGAUUUGUAAGAAUGGUGAGCUUUUUGAUUAUUUGACAUCGGUGGUAGCACUAUCAGAGAAGAAAACAAGGUAUAUUAUGCGACAGUUAUUAGAAGCCUUAGCCCACGUUCAUAACCACAGUAUUGUACACAGAGACUUGAAACCGGAGAAUAUUCUACUGGACGAUGCCAUGAAUAUUAAACUCACUGAUUUUGGUUUUGCUAGAGUCCUACAGCCUGGGGAAAAACUGCAUGAACUUUGCGGAACUCCCGGCUAUCUGGCUCCAGAGGUUCUAAAAGCCAGUAUGUAUGAUAAUACUCCAGGCUAUUCUCGCGAAGUUGAUAUGUGGGCGUGUGGUGUCAUUAUGUAUACUUUGCUUGUUGGUUGCCCUCCCUUCUGGCAUCGCAAACAAAUGGUGAUGUUGAGAAACAUCAUGGAAGGAAAAUACUCAUUCACUUCCCCAGAAUGGGCAGAUAUAUCAGAGGAACCAAAGGACCUGAUAAGGAAAUUACUGGUGGUUGAUCCUGCCCAGAGAUUAACAGUCCAUGACGCUUUGGAGCAUCCGUUCUUUCAGUUGAUGAUGUGGGAUCAAGACAUUGCUCCGCUCAAGAAAAGUCUCAGCUCUUCAUCAAGAAGACUCAGUAGAAUUUCACAAAUAGUAUUGGAGAUCAAAUCAUCAUCAACUUUCGAUGCCAAAAAGAAAUUCAAAUUUGCAAUAAUGUGUGUACUGGCUGUGGUUAGAUUGAAUCGUAUUCAUCUGACACCUUUAACUCAUCAGCCUCUGGUUAUAUCUCGUGGCAAAAUCGAUCCCUACCGAAUACGUACUCUACGAAAGGUAGUGGAUGGCUGUGCAUUCAGAGUCUAUGGACAUUGGGUGAAGAAAGGAGAAGGUCAAAAUCGGGCAGCUCUUUUCGAAAAUACACCAAAAACCGAACUCAAACAUCUGUAUAUGAUGAAUUUGAGUCCUUAACUCAAUUGGGUACGCUUUGGGAUUACUAUUGAUCAAAUCUGAACCGAUUGUUGUAUGUUACGUUCAUAUAAUCAACCAAAGUUGAAAUUAUUCAUUGGUGCCAUUGUGAUAGUAUCUCGCUCAAAUUUCAAGAUACAAACGUUAUGAUUUUUAUGGAAUUAUUGUUGUUUUACAGAUCAUCAAACAUUUUCUUAAAAACACACUUUUUUGAAUCUAUGUUUGUUUAAUCGAUCAAUAUGAUUGAAUCUAUAUUUCAUAUCACUAUUAAGUGUCUCGAAAGAUGAAGCUACAGUUAAAAACGACUCUCAAUCAUUCUUGUUGAACGACAACGACGACUAUAGUUGGCGAUUUGAUUUUUUAGCUGCAAAUUUUCCCUCAAGGAUUAAAAUUGUUUGACAUUUGGUGAUUCUAUAAAAUUUAAUUAAUACAAAUAAAUCUAAUCAAAUUCCUAGACAAUUCUGUUGCAGACUUGUCGAUAACUUUGGUUUUUAUUUUUUAAAUGUAUAGGCCUAGUAUAUCCGUAAAAAUAAUAAUUCUGUGGAUAUUUUAAAAUUUUGACAUUAAUCAGAAUGUUGCUACGAAAGUUAGAUUUUCUUGUUCAUUUUGAUUAACAUUUUUCUCGUUUAUGUAAUCUAUUUAUUCAUAUUUCUUGUUCAUUUUGAUUAACAUUUUUCUCGUUUAUGUAAUCUAUUUAUUCAUAUUUAUCGCUUCUGCAUAUCAUUUAUUCGAAAGACAAGGGAACAAAUAGUGUUUAAGAAAUUAUGGGCAAAUGAAGUGCUAGUAUUAAAUGCCGAUUAAGUUCUGAAAAAGUUUUGAAUUGAUUUCUCAAGUGAAUUUCAAAAACUUAUUAGAAUUAAAAUAUUAUUCUAUUUCCUAUUAUCAUGAUACCGUUUGAUCAAGUGCAUACGAAUUGUAUUCAUUACAAUGCAAAUGUCAUGUUAUCUACUUGACUUGAGUAUAUGAGUUUAUAAACAAUGCAAAAUGUCAAAAUCAUUCUAAUUGAGUACGGUACUGUUUCACAGUUUCUAGUCAUUUCUGAGUAUGACGUUUGUUAAGAAAUAGCUCAUCUCAAAAUUAUUGUGUGCAAUAUUGAUUGACAUUGAAAUAUAAUAUAGAGCAUCUCUUUUGGUAAUUCCAUGACAAGAAAGCUUUAUAAUUAUAACAAUAAUUAUUUAGCUCUGUAAAAUGGAUGCUUCAGUGAAAGGAUUAUCCAACUAAUUCGAAUUUCAUAAUGCUUGAUUUAUGCAAUAUCUGCCAAAAAAUUGUUCAGUCCUGAGAUCAACUCUCUUAAACUAGCCUUCAAACUAUCAUAACAUUAGUGAAAAGUAAUUAAAAUGUAGUAUAUAAAAUCGAAUUUUAUAAUUUAA